GCUUUAUCCCUUGGGAUCGCAUAUUGUAGAAAUACGGUCCAGCCCGCAUGAAACAAUUUUCCUUAUUAUUCUCCUCCCUCUCUAUGUGCAGAGCUCUCUCUCCGCUGUUGCAAGCCCUUUGCAGCGAGCUUGUCCUCUCCAUUUUUCACAAAAACAGAAGGCAAAAAAAUACAAAAGUCAUUGCUCGCAGCAUCAUCAACAUUUCGAGCUCCGUUGUUACUAGGUUUUGUUUAGAGUCGCCAACCUCCCUUCAGCCAUUAAAACGAGUGCUCCAGGAUGGCGAAGCCAAUGGAGGAGAUCCAGCUAAAACUGGCUGCCCUUAACUACCCAAGGGCAAAUGUACCUGCUCAGUCGCUUUUAUUUGCAGGAAUGGAGAGAUAUGGCCUUUUAGAAUGGCUCUUUUUCAGGCUUUUAGGGGAUAAACCACCAUUCACUCAACAAAACUUACAAGCUGAUGGAAUGGUAAAUGAUGAAGAAACUUCACGUAUACAAUAUUUGGCAGAGAUAGCAAACUUCUUGGGUAUCACACCAACAAUUGACACAGAAGCUAUCCAAGGAAGGGGUAGUUAUGAAGAUCGUGCUGAAAUGCUACGUAAUAUCGUAGACCUUGUGGAGGCAAGCUUCACUUCAGACCAUCCAGAGUGGAGUGUCGAUGAACAGGUGGCGAAGGACAUACAACUAUUAGAUUCUAUCGCUGAGAAGCAAGCUCAAAUAUUUUCGGAAGAAUGCAAGCUAUUCCCUGCAGAUGUGCAGAUUCAAUCCAUAUUUCCUCUGCCUGACAUUGCUGAGCUGGAGUUAAAGCUCUCUGAACAUUCAAAACAGCUGUCUAGCUUACAACAAGCAGUACAGGAGUUAGCUUCCAAGCAUGCUUACAAUCCAGAUGAGGAAUAUGCAGAAGCUGAGUUAAAGCUUCGGAUGCAGUUAGAAUCUUUUCUUGAAACGGCAAGGUCCUUUAAUUUGAUUUACACAAAGGAAAUCCGUCCUUGGACACACAUGAUGGAGGUUCCACAGUUGCAUGGAUUUGGUCCUGCUGCAAAUCGUCUACUGGAGGCCUAUAAAAUGCUCCUAAAGUUCCUGUGCAACCUGCGGAAUCUUCGAGAUUCACAUGCGGCUGUAGCUGUUGGAUCAGAAUCUACAGUUGAUGAUGCUCCUAGGCGUGAAUCUACGGUCACAAGAAUUAUUGCAGAAUGUGAAUCUGCCCUCACUUUCUUUAAUCGCGACCUCAGUGUCCUUUCAGCAUCUCUUGCUCGAGAACAUGGAGAAACCUCCAGACAGUGAAUUUAUGAGUGAUUUAAUGCAAAUUCCAAAUCUCUUUCUCUUCU